UGGGGCGGGCAGUCUGCGUUUUUUUUCUCAAGCUCUCAUUAUUCUGCACCAGUAUCUUCAGAUGCUGUCCGUGGGGAACUAAGCUGCUUUCUAUCUAAAACUGCAAAGAGCGAUGGAGAGUUUAGGCAAAGACCUUGCCUAUUCAGACUCGUCCCAGCCACCCUCUGCAAACAGGGAGGAGUAUGCCGUGCCAGAUGUCAGCAACACCCGUCGCUUGAGAGACCGGGAAAUGCUCCGGAAAAGAAGAGCUGAAGCCCACGAGAAAGACUCAGUUCAGUGGGUUCUGAGGGAUUACAAGAUCAAACGGCAAAGGAGAAGCAGAGGAGGCAGGCGAGGACGAGGCCACCAGCCUGUGAUGGAGCCCAGCCAGGAGCCAGAACUGGAGCUGGAUCCCGAGCCCAACCCGCAGGAGGAGGCUGGGCCAAUGCCCUCCAGUCCAGCACUGCCUGAGCCGGUGCAUCAAUUGCCCGUGCUGACAAUCCAGGACCUGGUCAGUGAGAUGCAACUGGGAGCGUCAGAGGGGGAGCAGGGAGCCAUGAUCGAGGAUCCUGUGGGUGAGCUGCCGGAGGGCCACUGGCCCUGUGGGGGCUCGGGGGGAAUGCUGGACCUGUGGCAGCAGAUAGCACUUUCCAAGUCACAGGGAGUGACAAAAAGCCCACUGCUGUCAGCAGAGUCAUUGGCAUGGGGUCUGUGGUCCCUGGUCUUAAAUAGCUCCUUGUCCUAAGGACAACCCCGGUCUCUGCCAAGAGCCAGGUUAGGGCAGAGAGGCUGCGGAGACAAGGUGUGGUCUCCUGAGGCCAGAGCUGGUCAGGGAGAGCCAAAGCCCAGACACGCUCUGUCCACAGUCCACCUGGUUUGGGGGCUGUCACCGGGGUGGAGGGGGAGGGAAAGGUGGGCACUAGGGCAAGGGGUGGGUGUCUGCAGGGGACUACCCCUUUGAAAUCUGCCAGGACCAAGGCACGGAGGGCACUAAGCUGGUCUGAAUGGCACAUUGCCAUCUGGGCUCAGGAAAUCCAUUUACAGCUGACACAGCUGGGGCCAGCAGGAGUUGCUCCCAGAUCUGGCUUGGGAAGAGAAGAGCACAUUUACUUUAGUGGUCAGUGGGCCAAGCCUGCAGGUUGCUUCAAAACCAGGAAAACUUAGGAUCUGCUUCAGAGGCGGUGAGCAUCCUCUGACUGCCGAUUAAUGCAUUUCCAGCAAUGUCUGUGCCAGGCGGGGAGAAAAGACCUUUCACUGCAAGGCGUGCAAUGCCCUCAUGCCAAGGAAAAAAAACAUUGUGCAUCCUAGGGACUGGGUCUGACUGGGCCACAUCACACGAGUCCAGCUCCCAGCCCUGAGAUCUUGAAAUGGGCUGUGUUUAUUUGCCUCCUGCCUUUAAACCCACUGGGGCUUUACCCUCUCCAACUCCCCUCCACAGCUCCUGGGACUGCCGUGUCCUUUGAAAAGCAGGCAGACCACUGGGAGCUACCUAACAUCACAAGCAAUUGCAGGAGCCUGGCCAUGGGGGCUUCAGCAUGGCAUGGAGCCGUAAUGCAUGAGAGACCCCCAAUAUGAAAUUAUCUGU